AUGAACAUCCCCAUCGCCUCCAUCCUGCGGGGCCUGGGAGGAAAAUGUGUUCUCAACUGGGCGCUGGUGUUCUUCCAGAGGAAACACAUCUGCCGAAGCUUCCUGGGAGUUUUCAGUGUGUCCCUGGCUGUCGUCGACACCCUCCUGACCCUCUCCGUCACCGCCCUGCACCUCCAGGCUGAGGGACACCUCCUGGGCUUAAAUCUGACCCGGUACCAUGUGUGUCUGCUGGUCCAGAUCCUCGGAGAAGUGUACAGCGCUCUGCAGUGGCCUGUCGUGAUCGUGGCCGGUUUGGACCAUUUCUUCUGCGUCACUCGGAGGUGGCAGGCCUCCAGCAGGUUGAGCCUCUUUGGGAGCGGCCUGCUGUGGAUCCUCUCUGCUCUCUACGUCUUCCUGCUGUCUGACUUCAGGCCCAUCAUGGAGGAAGUGUUUCACAUCCAGAUCCACCAGUGCUGGGUCUUUCACACCUCUCAGAUCCUGCACAUUGCUACAUCUCUCCUCCUGAUCUUGGGCUGUGCAGCGUUGCAUGCUGGACGCCUGACAUUAAAACAUCCUCCUUUAAAAGAUCAAAUUACAGACCAAAGUAGAGCUCACUCCAGAAUAAAUUUUGUUCUCCAGACCCUGCAUAUAUUUCUGAACACAUGGGCUCUGCUCCUGGUGAUCCUGGCCGUGCUCCUCCUGCUGCCUGUGGGGAUACCUGCGUACCUGGGCCUGAACAGCGCCUGGCUCUGCUUCCUCAACAGCCUCCUGAUAGCAGUGGUUUUAUGUGCAGUGUGUCCAGCCUCGCAGCUGGGGCAGGGCGGGGGGGUCGUGCCCACCGACAGCUUCUGUGAGUGGAGAUUUACAUUUAGCCCGCCUUCGGAGGACAGCGCACGACCACACAGGUAA